AUGGCUACCAUUUCUAAGCUUUCCACCGCCGCCACUGCUUCCGCGAGCUGGGUUUCUGCUGAUCUUCAUGGUGGACGGACCCGAUCGUCUUCCUUGUCCCUUCUUCACAGACCCUUUGCCAACGCUAAUGCCAGAAAGCUUCUCCUGUCAACUACCUUCUCUGCUCCUGUUGCUCCUCACAGUGUUUCCUUGAUUGUUAGGUGCUCCAGUGCUUCUGGAAAUGGAAGCCCUAUCAAGAGAACAACACUUCACGACCUUUAUGAGAAGCAAGGGCAAAGUCCUUGGUAUGAUAAUUUGUGCCGUCCUGUUACUGACCUGAUUCCAUUGAUUGAAAGUGGCGUCAGAGGUGUAACGAGCAACCCUGCGAUCUUCCAGAAGGCAAUAUCUACAUCAAAUGCCUAUAAUGACCAAUUCAGGGAACUAGUUCAAGCUGGGAAGGACAUAGAAAGUGCAUACUGGGAACUUGUUAUCAAGGAUAUCCAAGAUGCGUGUAAACUCUUUGAACCAAUUUAUGAUGAAACAGAUGGUGGUGAUGGAUACGUUUCCGUUGAAGUGUCACCAAGACUUGCUGAUGAUACUCAAGGGACGAUCGAAGCUGCAAAGUGGCUUCAUAAAGUAGUUUCUCGACCGAAUGUUUACAUAAAAAUCCCUGCUACCGCUCCGUGCAUCCCAUCGAUAAAGGAAGUGAUUGCAAAUGGGAUAAGUGUCAAUGUCACGCUCAUAUUCUCUCUUGCAAGAUAUGAAGCAGUCAUCGAUGCUUACCUUGAUGGCCUUGAAGCGUCCGGGCUAUCAGAUCUUUCUCGCGUCACAAGUGUUGCCUCGUUCUUUGUUAGUCGAGUAGACACCUUGGUGGACAAGAUGCUUGAGAAAAUUGGAACACCCGAAGCUCUGAAUCUCCGUGGGAAGGCUGCAAAUGCGCAAGCUGGUCUUGCUUAUCAGCUCUAUCAGAAGAAGUUCUCUGGACCAAGAUGGGAGGCUUUGGUGAAAAAGGGUGCCAAGAAGCAGAGGUUGCUGUGGGCCUCAACCAGUGUGAAGAAUCCAGCAUACCCUGAUACCUUAUAUGUGGCUCCUCUCAUUGGACCUGACACGGUGUCGACCAUGCCGGACCAAGCCCUCCAAGCUUUCAUUGAUCAUGGCACUGUUGGAAGGACCAUCGAUGCCAAUGUUUCUGAAGCAGAGGGUAUUUACAGUGCCCUUGAGAAGUUGGGAAUUGACUGGGGCUACGUGGGAUCUCAACUUGAAGUUGAAGGAGUGGAUUCUUUCAAGAAAAGCUUUGAUAGCCUGUUAGACAGUCUGCAAGAGAAGGCAAAUAGUCUUAAGCUUGUUAGCCAUUGA